AUGAAGUUCAUGAAAGCUAUACGGGACAUAAUAAUAGAAGAUCUUAUGGAUGUGGUUAAGGAGUUUGAAAACUUGGGGAAUUUGUUCUGGAUUUUCAGUUGCACCCGCAACAUCACUCUAAUUCCUAAAUGUGAAGGGGUUGUCAAUAUACACAACCUUAGACCCAUCAGGCCCAUUAGUGGGAUCUAUACUAUCAUCUCGAAAAUGCUUGCAUACAUGUUAAAGAAGGUAUCUCCCUUGAUUAUCACAGACUUCCAAGGAGCUUUCGUUGAAGAAAGGCAAAUCACUGGUGCCAUCUUAAUUGUAUCUGAGCUGAUUGACUCCAGUGAAAGAGAUAAAAAUCCUAACAUGGUUUGUAAGGUGGUCCUGGAAAAGGCUUUCGAUAACAUUAGUUGGGGUUACAUUGACAACACUCUUGUAAAAUUUGUAUUUGAAUACAGAUGGAUAUGA